AUGUCGAGGCCUUCCGUGCGCCCCAAGCGUGCGGGCGAGGACUUUACGCGCACUCUCCACGGCGCAGCUGGUGAAGACGGCGACGGUCCAUCGUCCUCCAAAAAGCCCCGAUUUGACCUGCGAAACCCAACUGAACUAGCUCCCGAUGCCCUGGAGGAGGAUGAUAUCCUGGACGCCGACGAGAUCGGUCGCGGGCGACGCGUACGGCGUAACGCAGUCAACAUUGAUGGGUACGAAUCCGACAGUGAAAAUGAAGCCUUUGAGGCGCGAGCGGAAGCCAGGGCAAAGGCCAACCAGCAGCAAAAAAAUCAAGAAGAGCAAGAUGACGACAUGUUCGCAGAGCUAAAGGAGGACUUUGAAGAGGCCGAUGCGGACGAGUCGCGGAAGAAAAAGAAGAGUGUUCGUUUCUUGCGGGACGAGGAGAUCGAGGGCCAAGUCGAGUCCUCACGGGGUGGACACAAACUCCGCGCAGACCUGAGCCGACCAGACGUGGUGGAAGAUAAUGACAAGGAGAGCGAUAGUGAAAGCGAUGUCCCCGACGAGGAGCGCGCACGGCUAGACGAAGGCAUGGACGAGGAGUUGGGUGCUGGCUCAAAGAAGAAGAACGCGCCGCUCUUGGAUGCCUUCAACAUGCGUGCAGAGCAGGAGGAAGGCCGCUUCGAUGAAGAGGGGAAUUACAUACGCAAAGCGGCUGAUCCAGACGCGAUCCACGAUACCUGGUUGGAAGGAGUCUCGAAGAAAGACAUCAAGCGGGCUAGAGAAGCAGCCGCAAGGAGAGAUGCCGAACGACGAGAAAAGGACCGAGAAACCGACAGCAUCCUGACCUCGGAUCUACUGAGGACCCUGAUCACCCACCUUGAGCGGGGAGAAACGGUCCUGGAAGCGCUGGCCAGACUGGGGAAGGGACUUAAAAAGAAACCCAAAUGGCAGACCAAGCAGAGGAACAAGCCCAAAUCGAAAAUGAACGGCACCAAUGGGGCGGCCGAAGAUGUCGAGAUGACCGAGGACAACCCCGAAGAAGCUGCCCGCAAGAAAGCUAUCGACGAGAUCACCGGCGCUGCCGACCUUCUCCUCACCCGGGGCCAGUCAGACAUCUACGAGGUCGAGAGGGAAACGCUGACCCGACAAUACCGUCGAGAGACCGGAGAGGAAUGGGUCGAUCCUCCACAACUCACCACCGGCAACGGGGAAGACAACGUUGGCGAUGGCACAGGGGCACCAGGUCCAACAAUGUGGGAAUUCCGCUGGUCAGAUGCCCGCGACGGCGGCCAAACGCACGGUCCCUACGACAGCGCGAUGAUGCAGUCGUGGCGCGACGCUGGAUACUUUGGCGAAGGCGUCGAAUUUCGGAGAGCGGGCGAUCCCACCAGUGAAUGGACUCGUGUCGCCACUUUCACAUAG